AGACGACGAGGGCCGGCCGGCACCGUAUUCUCCUUCCCUCAACCCACGCACGUCAUCAUCCUCCUUCUUCCUUCUACUCUUCUAGCCCCACCUCACCUCCUCUUCUCUCCCUCGCGUCCUCCCCUCGUCGCCCGCCUCCGCGCCGACACCGCGGCGCCCCCCACUCCCCUCGCCGCCGCGGCCCGAUCUCGGUACGCCCCCCUCGGGUCGUCUAGCCCUGCGCGCGUGGCUGCUCACGCCAGAUCCGGCCUCCGCGGGGGUGGGGGGAUCAGAUCACGCCCCCGCGGAUCAAGGGAGUAGCAGUCCUGAUCCUCUCCUGAAUUCGCUGCUGGUUGCCCCUGCAGGUGCCCUAGACGACCGCGAUGCAGCCGCCGAUGGGGAACGAGAGGCCGCUGCAGGGUGUUCCCGGGAGGCCCGUCUCCGCCUUCGUGCCCGGCGCCGCCGUCGCCCCGCCGCCGCCCUCGUUCGGGGCCGCUGCCGCCCCGCGCGCGCCGCCGCCGUUCGCGCCGCCGGGCGCGGCUCCCCCGCAGGCCGCUGCGGGGCCGUUCGCGGCCGCGCCACCUGCCGCAAUGGCUGGGUAUAGGGGUCCCCCGCCUCCCCAGCGUCCCUUGGGCGCGGGGCAGCCACCACAGGGCCCCUUCGCUGCCGCGGCACCCCCGCAGGGCUCCUUUGCCAGUGCACCAACCUCUCAGGGCCCCUUCGCCGCAGCUCCACCGCCAUCUCAGGGCCCCUUCGCCACAGCUCCACAGCCGUCUCAGGGCCCCUUUGGCACCGCGCCACCAGCGCAGGGCCCUUUUGCCACUGGCCCGCCGUCUCAGGGCCCCUUUGCAUCCGCUCCGCCACCUUUUCGCCCUCCGCCUUCGUUCCAGCAGCCACAAUCACCUACGGCAAGUGCUAUGGCUCCACCCUCAGCGUAUGUGAGGCCACCACCAGUGCAAUCACUACAAUCACAGCCCCCACCGCCUGUGCAAGGGUACUACCUUGGUGCACCUCCUGCAAACCCGCAGUUCCCGAUGUCACGACCAGCAUUUCAGCAGCCAAUGCAGACCAUGCCACCCCCUCCAAUGGGGCUAUCUGCAGGUUUUGGCAAUCAGGCAGCCUAUGCGACUGGUGGCCCUCCUACAGGGGGCAGUCUCCAGAGCUUAGUGGAGGAUUUCCAGUCACUGUCAGUUAGUUCUGCACCUGGAUCACUUGACCCUGGUGUUGACGUCAAAGGGCUGCCAAGGCCACUGGAUGGUGACGAGGAGCCGGUUAAGGUUUUAGAGGCAUAUCCAGUGAACUGCCACCCGAGGUACUUCCGGCUGACUACCCAUGCGAUUCCAGCAUCUCAGUCAUUGGUCUCAAGGUGGCAUCUGCCUCUUGGGGCUGUGGUACAUCCUCUUGCAGAAUCACCUGAUGGGGAGGUUCCCGUUAUCAACUUUGGGUCAGCUGGUGUAAUCCGUUGUCGAAGAUGUAGAACAUACAUAAACCCUUAUGCAACAUUCGCAGAUGCUGGAAGGAAAUGGCGCUGCAAUCUUUGCACAUUGCUCAAUGAUGUUCCUGGAGAGUACUUUUGUGCUCUUGAUGCUAGUGGCAGAAGAUAUGAUACAGAUCAAAGACCUGAGCUUUCUAAGGGAACAGUAGAGUUUGUUGCUCCCACUGAAUAUAUGGUGCGGCCACCAAUGCCACCUUCCUACUUCUUUCUUAUUGAUGUGUCAGUAUCUGCAGUUCGAAGCGGGCUACUUGAGGUUGUUGCAAAGACCAUCAAAUCAUGCCUUGAUGACCUUCCAGGGUAUCCACGAACACAGAUUGGAUUCUUAACUUUUGACAGCACAUUACACUUUCAUAAUUUCAAGUCGUCUUUAUCACAACCUCAAAUGAUGGUGGUCGCCGAUUUGGAUGAUAUUUUCCUGCCAUUGCCUGAUGACCUCUUGGUUAAUUUGGUUGACUCUAGGCAUGUUGUCGACUCUUUUCUUGAUAGCUUGCCAAAUAUGUUUCAUGACAAUGUAAAUGUAGAAUCUGCUCUUGGUCCAGCACUUAAAGCAGCAUUCAUGGUUAUGAGUCAAAUCGGGGGGAAGCUACUUGUAUUCCAGAGCACAUUACCAUCUCUUGGUGUUGGUCGCUUGAGACUUCGAGGCGAUGAUGUUCGUGCAUAUGGAACAGAUAAGGAACAUACUCUCAGGGUACCAGAAGACCCCUUCUAUAAACAGAUGGCUGCUGAGUUCACAAAAAAUCAAAUUGCAGUGGACAUAUUUUCUUUCAGUGAUAAAUAUUGUGAUAUUGCUUCGUUAGGUUCUCUUGCGAAAUACACUGGUGGUCAGGUGUACCAUUAUCCAUCCUUCCAGGCAGUUACUCAUGGCGAUAAACUUAAACAUGAGCUUAGCAGAGACCUUACCAGGGAGACUGCAUGGGAAUCUGUUAUGCGUAUCAGAUGUGGAAAAGGGGUGCGCUUCACAACUUAUCAUGGUCAUUUCAUGCUAAGGUCCACCGACUUAUUAGCACUUCCAGCUGUUGACUCUGAUAAAGCAUUUGCGAUGCAACUUUCUUUAGAGGAGACCCUAAUGACCACACAGACUGUAUACUUCCAAGUGGCAUUGCUAUAUACAUCCUCUUCUGGUGAAAGGCGUAUCAGGGUGCAUACAGCAGCUGCACCUGUGGUCACAGAUCUUGGUGAAAUGUACCGUCAAGCAGAUACUGGUGCCAUUGUGUCAUUGUUAAGUAGAAUUGCUGUUGAAAAUUCAUUGUCUGAUAAGCUGGACAGUGUUCGGCAACAAUUACAAUUAAAGUUGGUGAGAAGUUUGAAGGAAUACCGGAACCUAUAUGUUGUACAGCACCGGAUAGGAGGGAGAUUGAUAUAUCCAGAAUCUUUAAGAUUCUUGCCAUUGUACAUCCUAUCCAUAUGCAAGUCUCUUGCUCUUCGUGGUGGUUACGCAGAUGUUUCUCUUGAUGAACGCUGUGCUGCUGGUUUCAGCAUGAUGAUACUACCUGCAAAAAGGCUGCUCAAUUUUAUUUACCCAUCACUGUACAGGGUUGAUGAAGUAUUACCAAUGGAACCAGAUAGGAUUGAUGGAUCGUUGAAGCGGUUGCCGUUAACCAUGCAGUGCUUAGACACUGGAGGCCUAUACCUUCUUGACGAUGGGUUCACCUUCCUAAUAUGGUUAGGUAGGAUGCUCCCACCUGAACUUGUGAACAACAUUCUUGGAGUCAGCUUGGCAAACUUCCCUGAUCUAUCAAAGAUUCAAUUGAGAGAAUGUGACAACGAGUACUCCAGAAAUUUUAUGAAAAUACUAAGAACCCUAAGGGAGAAGGACCAUUCUUACCACCAGCUCUGUCGUGUUGUACGUCAAGGAGAACAGCCAAGGGAAGGCUUUUUGCUCCUAUCUAACUUGGUUGAGGAUCAGAUGGCUGGAACUAGCAGUUACAUGGACUGGAUACUCCAAAUUCACCGCCAAACACAGAGCUAGUGAAGAUGAGCAAAGAACUAGUGAAGAUGAGCAAAGGGAAUCACCGAUCCGAAUUUUUGGCUUAGUUGUAAACUGCUGCAGACUCAGUUGCUGCCAGUUCCCAAUCUCUCGAAACAGUUGGAACUAAUUCGCGGGUCAGCUGUCCAAAAUGUUCUUGCCCUUUAGCAGCAGCACGCUGGCAAGCAAAGUUUUUAUUGUUAAUAUUCGUCCCUGUGAUUAAUUUCCUCUUGAGUGAAAAUACAGCUGUUGUAUCAGAAUAAUUAGGGCAACAGUGACCAUUGGUAAGGUA